CAACAUUGCCAUUUGAAUGGACGACUCGUUAUAAGGCAACGCAGCUAACUAGUAGGUGGUCACGAAUGUGUCAGGAGUCUUUGUAGAGGAGCGUGUCGAUAUGCAUUGAAAACAACAAAGUUUUUCUUCUUCGUUUAAUUUACGCGCACAGAGUCGCUGGAGCUUGGCUCAAAGGCGGAAUGAAAUGUUCAAGUCGAGCGAGCUAACAAGCUAGCGGCGGUAACGGUACUUUACUGAUGUUAAAUACUCCGCAGCUGGAUGAGCUGGCUAGUGUGAGUGGAACAGCUACGAAGCUAACGAUGGCCAGCGGGCUGGAAUUCGUGCCCAUUUUUUUGUAAAGACAGACGUAAAGGAGAGUAAAUGAAGAGGCAUGGAAAGUAACAGGGAUGUAAUUGCGAGCACGGGCUCCCACGGUUAUUUACAGCUGGAUACCCACGGUGUAGGAUUAGCUUGUUCUCUCCGUGGAAUGACGACAUUUGCUCCGUUCGCCCUCCUCACGGUACACGGGGGUCGGUGAUGCUGUCUGGCCAAAUGCCCUGGGUGUCCGAAUUGGGACAGAGCAGCCAAACUCCCUCGUAAAUCAUGAAAAACUGCGAGUAUCAGCAAAUCGACCCGCAGGCACUCUCGACGCCCACCCCGACCCCUCCGCCUCACCAGGGCGACGAACCCGAGAAGAAGACGGAGCCGAAGAGACCCAAGAGAAAGUGGGAAGUUUUCCCCGGAAAGAACCGCUUCUACUGCGAUGGACGGAUCAUAGUGGCCCGACAGAGCGGGGUCCUGCCUCUCACCGUGGGCCUCAUCCUCGUCACAAGUGGUUUAUUCUUUAUAUUUGACUGUCCCUUCCUGGUCAAACACCUCACCAGCUGCAUACCUGUUAUUGGAGGAGUCCUCUUUGUUUUUGUGAUCAUCACCCUGCUCCAGACCAGCUUCACCGACCCUGGCAUCCUGCCCAGAGCCACGCCAGAUGAGGCUGCAGAUAUCGAGAAACAGAUUGACAACACUGGAAACACCAGCUAUCGGCCUCCACCACGCACCAAGGAAGUCCUCAUCAACCAGCAGGUGGUCAAGCUCAAGUAUUGCUUCACUUGCAAGAUGUUCCGGCCUCCACGCACCUCCCACUGCAGCCUGUGUGACAACUGUGUGGAGAGAUUCGACCAUCACUGCCCCUGGGUGGGGAACUGCGUAGGGAAACGCAACUACCGUUUCUUCUACACCUUCAUCGUGUCACUCUCCUUCCUGACAGCUUUCAUCUUCGGCUGUGUGACCACACAUCUAGCACUGAGGGCUCAAGGUGGAAAAGGUCUGGUGUUUGCUCUUCAAGAGAGUCCUGGCAGUGCAGUGGAGCUGGUGAUAUGUUUCUUCUCAGUCUGGUCCAUCUUGGGCCUCUCAGGCUUCCAUACAUACCUGGUGGCUUCCAAUCUAACCACUAACGAAGACAUCAAAGGUUCCUGGUCAGGAAAGAGUGGUGAAGAUGUCACCAACCCAUACAGUCAUAAAAACAUCUUUAUCAACUGCUGUUCUGUGCUGUGUGCACCAAUGCCACCCAGCUUGAUCGACAGACGAGGUUUCCUACCUGCAGAUGAGUCUGCCCAGACUGGCGGCACGGACAUCGAGCUGCCCACUCUGGCCACUAAAAGCGAGAUAAACGUGUGCACACAGGGAACUAAAGGUCUACUAGAGUCGGCUGCUCUCCCUCCACUCCUGUCCACGUCGUGUCCUCAGGGGAAACCUCAGACAGCUCAUCCCUGCCCAGACAUUAGCCCCGCGGUGAACUCUGACCCCUCGCCGGAGCUCUCCACAGGCUGCGGGGCCCACCAUAGAGCCAGCUCGCAUAGGGAUGCCUCUCCUCCACGUCACACCAAGACUCGCUCAAAGAAAUGCAAAAGAGCGGCUUUGCAUAUUCCCAACCCCGCCUUCGACGCCCCCGUUUCCCCUACCUCUCCGGACACUGGCCCCGGCUCCAAAGGCAGGGGUCACAAAGGGGCCAGCUUCGCUCCGUUGCACUGACUGACUUGAAUAGCGGCUUUCUCAAGUGAAAACACACAUUGUUUGAAGCUUGCAUGCUGUAACAGUCGGAUCCAAGUGAAUCUUCCUUAUUGCUGUUGGUUCUGUGAGAGCCCUGGGUCUGGUCAUUGAAUAUGACAAUCACAGAUAUGUUAUAUGAAAUAGGAAUACUGAGGCAGACUGGGUGAAGAUUAUUCUGGAUGCAAAUUAGCCUUUGGCAUAGAGCAGAAAGCAGAUGGAAAGGUCCAAUCUUAAAGUGCUGUGAUAGAGCCAUAUAUGUUUUUCUGAUGAGUCUCGUGUAAAACCUGAAAUUUACCAGCAUGUCAGAUUCACCAAAUAUUGUGAAACAGUGGCUUUGAUGUAUCAGCUUGAAAAGCUUUCUAUGGAGGGCUAAAACUCUGAAUUAUAUGCAUCUGUAAAGAGAAGAGUUGCUCUUAAAGGGAAAAUCCAUCCAAAAUAUAGAAAUUACAUAUGUCCAUUCUCAGUUUAUGGUGACAGUUGGAGCCAGGUUUUCCUUAAGCUGAACACCAGAUGGCACUGAUAGCGUCAUCUUGAGAUGUAUAGGCGGUUAGUAACGGAACAAGUCAUGGGACUCAGAGAGAAUUUUCAGGGACAUAUGCUGCAGACACUUAUUUCUAGACUCUGCACUCAAAGCAAACUCCUGUGGAUGUACAGAGGGGUGAUAAAUGGAAGGACAGACAUUUUUUGACAGGAUGAUAGUCCAUCACACGCCUCUAGAGCACCUUCUAGGCACUUACAGAAUCUGCAAACAGUGGUAAUAUUGGCGCCUGAUGGUAUUCUGUGUAAUAUGCUUCCAGCAGAUACCCAAAAUAGAUUAAUUAAAGAUUAUGUAGAAAAAACUUGGUGAAAUAUUAAUACAAUAUUUGUAAUUUUGUUGCCCCCACAAUGGCUUGCCAGUUGUUGUUUCUUUUUUGUAAUUUUAUUAACUUUUACAUUUCCAUUAAGGAGGAAGCUCUAGGAGUCUUUAUAGUGUUCUUGGUCCAGUAUCAUCCUCCGUUACAGACUAACAUUAUCUACUGUCAGCUGUAAUAUUCUGUCUUCUAAGAUCUAAGUUAUGGUCUGCUUUACAAAUUGCAUAUUGUACAUAGACCCAUUUGCUUGAUAAGAUAGUUUUUUUAGCAUCUGUCUUCUAGCAGUCCAAACCAUUCCUUCUGUAUUUGUGCCACAGCACAGUGCUGCUCUGACGAAACAUCAUUAACAGAUGUUCUAUUAACAUUUUCAAACCAUUUGGAGUGUUGUAAUGCGAGUACUGACUUGAAACUGAAACAGAACCUUAAUGGCCUUAAUUGUGCUAAUGAACAAAUCUCUGGUGACACACCUCUUUGUGUUCAUCAGUGCGAAACAAGCAAUCUGAGACAAGUUUGUACAGUCAUACAUGAGGAGUUUUGCAAAUGUAAUUUAAAACAAACUUCCAAGGACAUAGUUAGAUGACUUUAGGAUAAGAAUAAGAUAAUAUUCUUGAAUGAAACCAUUUAUCAAAAUGUGGUAUUCCUACACAUAGUGUAUAUGAGUCAACCAGAGCUCUGUUCAUUCCUGUGGAAACCCAAAUUUUCUCCAAUAUUUUCACAAAACAUGUCCUUCUGUUUAUUUCUGGCUUGAAAUUCACCUUGACUGGUAAGUUAGCUACCUUGUGGUGACACUGUGUGAAAAAUGAAUUAGCUGACAGGCUAACAAGCUCUUCAGUUGCUUGACUAUGUUGAUUAAAAAAGUAGCUUAGCUAGCUUAACAUGUCAGCUCAUACAUCCUGUAACAAAAUGGUUCAUAAACUGGCUACACAGCUAGCAAAACAACCUCUUUACUUAUUUUGUCAUCCUCCCAUGUCUGCAAGAGUCCGAAUGCUAACUGAGAUUUGUGUUCUUUUACGACGUCCUGUAACUAUAGUGAAAUAAUUUGCAUGUUCGGCAGCAGUGUGUAUCCAGGGAGUAGGUAGAUAUGAUUUACUGUACAUGUAUGUCCUCCAAAUGGACAGUAAAGUGGUAUAACAGCAACAACUUUGCAUCUAUUGCGUCCACAGUUGAGUAUAAUCAAGAUUUAACAUAUUACUCUAAAAUCUUCCUUUGGGUUUUGAUCUGAUAGACGCUCAAGAUCCAAGCACAUUGAAACCACCACUCAGUGUAUUUUUAUUUUGCUUUCACCUUUCAAUAUGUCACCCAUCUGUAACUUUCAAAAGAAACGGACACUUUGAGUUCAUUACGUUUUGACAUUCAACUGCCAAAAGAGUCAUCAAUGCCAUUAUCAAAUCUUGAUGCAAUACAGCUGUCUUUGGUUGGAGGUGUUGACUUUAUGAAAUGUGAUUUUUGUGUGGAUUUUCCCUUUAACCUUUGCACAAACAGUACAGUGGGUUAAAUGUGUAUCAGUUGUAUUGGUGUGUACUGUUGUUCAGAUUUCCGUGCUAGAAUAAUGGUAGCGAAUGCAACUGCAUGGUAAUGACUAAAGAUGUAUUUUAUGAUAUAUUUUGUUUAUUUACAUCGCUGUAGAACACCUCCAGUAUCUCCUUUAUGUAGGAAAGCAGUGUUUUGUUUUCCAGAGCUGAAGUAGAAUCACUGACUCCUGUUUGUAUCAUCAUCACUCUCACUCUUUGAUUUCAAGCUUCCUUUCGGACUCCUACAACCUGCUCACACUUUGUCUCAGCAGCAGCAAUACCUCUUCUGUCCUCCUUUUCCCUAAAAAUGUUUUUCUUUGUACGCUUUGACAAAUCUAAGUCGUGUCCGAACGGUGGAUGUGUUGGUUCGUUCUCAGGUGGAAAGCUGUAGGUUCGGUAUUCAAUAUGCAAGUUCUCUGUGUAUAUCGUGUUCAUCCACAUCGUGACCUGAUGGCAAUAGCUGCACAAAAAUGCAACGAUCCUAACAAUCAUCUCUGUGCACUAAUAAGUAGACACACACUGUCUGUCUGUAGCUCACCUGAAUAGUAUUUCACGUUGUGUGCAGCGUUUGCUGUGUCAGACAUCAUCCCAACACAUUCUGUGACACCAGUGAGAGUGAAUGCGAGCAAUGCAUUUAUGAGGAGUUUGUAUUUGUACGAACUGUAAGGCAGUGUAAGCCAAUGCUCCUGUCAAAAUAAAGGAAAGGAAAUUCAA